CAGCACUACCCACUGUGGACUUCGCAGAGGGGGAAACAGAGGCAGAUCCAAGAAACUCAUCCUGAGAUUGAAAAAAUGCGCUGGGGAUUCCUGUGCCAGUUUCUGUGGCUUUGGUACUAUCUAUGCUAUGUUCAAGCUGUGCCCGUCCAGAAAGUCCAGGAUGAUGCCAAAUCCCUCAUAAAGACCAUUAUCAUCAGGAUCAAUGACAUUUCACACAUGUCUCUCUCCUCCAAACAGAAGAUCACUGGUUUGGAUUUCAUUCCUGGCCUCUUCCCUGCUCUGAGUUUGUCCAACAUGGACUAUACACUGGCGGUCCAUCAACAGAUUCUCACUAGGUUGUACUCCCAAAAUGCGAUGCAAAUAUCUAAUGACCUAGAGAACCUCCGGGCCCUUCUCCAACUGCUGGCCUCCUUCAAGAACUGCCCCCAGCCCCAGAUGAGUAACAUGAAGAUCCUGGAGAGUCUGAUCAGUGUCGAGGAAGCCUUUCGCCACUCCACGGAGGUGGUGGCCCUGAGCAGGCUGCAGGGGUCUCUGAAGAACAUAUUGAAGCAGCUGGAUCUCAACCCUGGGUGCUAAGGCCCUGAGGGCCACUUUUCCUUCCAAGGGCCACAUGGAGGGAAGAGACUGGCUUUCAUCUGUCUCCAGGAAGUAAGAGCUUUAUGUGGACACCCCUUAUUUGGGACUAUGUUCAUUUUUGUCAUUCCUCUAAGCCAUCCUUUAAGACUCCAUGUUAUUUAAACCAAAGCUCUAUACACAAUUCCAUGCUCACCUCAAAGGAGUCCCACCCAGCUCAGCAUGGAUUGUACCUGUAAUUUUCAUCAAAUUCUUCAGCUAUUGACAAGAGUCAUCCCUAUCCCCUGUUCCAUCUCUCUGUGCAUGCUUCACUGUGACCAGGGUGAUUUCAAAGGCCUGUUUGGCCCUUCAGAGCCUUUAGAUAUUCUCAAAGUUCUAUCUGAAAACUCUAGGGAGCCCCAUGAAGGCUACAUCCACCCACAGUUGGAAACUCCCAAGGAACACAAGCAUUUGUUUAUUUAUCAUGCAUUUUACUCUAGAUGGCUUUGAAGUAAAGCACCAGCUUUUUCCAGGCUUUGAGGUUAGCCAGGGCUGGGGGGAACACUCUUGGAGGGUGCUAUUUCUAAUUCCAUUGAUGAGUGUGGUUGAAAUAAACCCACUUGGAGUGGCUGGAGGAUUAGGGUUAGGAUUGACUGAGCAAAAACCAAUCAAAGCAGCUCUCUUCUCUGGUGACUGACUUUGUUUCUGAUGUGACUGACUUUAGGUUAUAGUGUUUGCAAUGGAAUUGCCCUGAGUGGAUCCUCAAGGGCUAGGAUAGUCUUAAAGAGAAGAUAAAUUUUGUCAGG